ACAGCUGUACACAUCUUGUGUAUAAAUAGGAGGCAGCAGAACGGUAGAUACAUCAAACAAGAAGCUCUUAUUUUCCGCUUCUCCUCCUUUAUUCCUCCACUAGACAACGAUAAGCUUCAAUCUCAUAUAUGGCUUUCCACCAGAGAUCGAUAAGUUUGCCUUCUAGGCCUCAUAUCAGUGAGACCGAAGUUGAGCAAGAACUCCACAGCCUAGAAGCAAGCAUCUCUUCCUCCAGUUCCAUCAGCACGAUGUGCGAUGGUCUUAGGAGUCUUGCAAACAUCUACGAUGGUCUUGAAGAGAUCAUUUGCCUACCAAGCAACCAAGUUUGCUCCUCCGAGCAGAGGAACAUGUUGGAUGGAGAAAUGGGAUGCUCCAUUGAGCUCUUAGAUCUCUGCAGCAACAUGCAAGAAGCCUUCGCCGAGAUGAUGGUCCUCAUCCAAGAGCUGCAAGUGGCUCUAAGAAGAGGAGACGAUGCAGCUGCGCAAGCCAAGAUCCGGUCUUUUACUCGCUUGGUGAACAAGGCCAGGAAACAUUUCAAGAAGACUACCAAGAAGGCUGCAUCCGACAAGAUGGUCAUGCUAUUGAGCAAGGCAAGAGAGAUCUGCAUCUCUCUGUUGGAGUCCAUACUCCAUCUCUUGUUGAAGCAAAUUGAAAUGCCAAAGCAGUCUCUUGUCGGCAAGGCAUUUUGCAAGAAGAAGGCAGUUGUCUGCAGUGAGGAGCAGUUGCAGGAGUUGGAGUGCAGUAUCGAAGAUCUUCAGAAUGGAGCAGGAAAUCUGUUCAGGAAAUUAGUCCAGAACAGAGUUUCUCUUCUAAACAUUCUUAGCUCAUAGAUUCUCAACAUCCCUCUACUCCCUGU